AGAACAAGUUUCUUUGUUGGACGAUGAAAACAAACAGCUACGUUGUUGACUGAAGAGGGCGAUUGAAUCCCCAUGAACAGAACCACGAAGACGAGUUCUGCUGAAAAUUGAAGAAUUGAAAUCGGUUAGAAAAUCGUUGAAGCGGGACCCAACGAAGCAGCGACAGAUCUACGAUCACGAAGAAACAACAAACAAUGGAGCCUUUGCUGCAAUUCGCACCGAUGCAGAGCUCCGUCGACGAGGGUUUCUGGCACCGAUUGUCUUCCUUGAAGCUUAACAAGCUUGGCAUUGACGAUUCUCCAAUUCACAUAUUCGGCUUUUAUGCACCUUGCUCUCACUCUCAAGUAUCAAAUCAUUUAACUGUUUUAUCCGAGUCUUUACCUUCUGAGUUGAGCGAGGCAUCGUUAAUUCCAGAACCGAGCCGCGGCAACCGGAACAGGUGCUCUGUUCCGGGGAUACUUUACAAUACUAAUACUGUGGAGAGCUUCCAUGCACUUGAUAAGCAGGACCUGCUGAAGAAAGAAGCAGCAAAGAUAUGGGACGAUAUUCUAACUGGAAAAGCUGUGGAGGACUGUUCAGUACUUUCGAGAUUCCUUGUUAUUUCUUUUGCUGACCUGAAAAAGUGGACUUUCAACUAUUGGUUUGCUUUCCCUGCUCUCAUGCUUGAUCCUCCAGCAACUGUGGUUAAUCUGAAGCCAGCUUCUCAGUGGUUCAGCGCAGCCGAGGCUGAAUCCCUCUCUGCAGCGUGUAACGAGUGGCGCAGCUCAAAAUCAACAGCAGAUGUCCCAUUCUUUUUAGUCACCAUAGAUCAACACUCAUGCGCUACUGUUAGGCUUCUGAAGGACUGGGAAGCUUGUCAAGGCAAUGGUAACAAGAUCUUUUUUGGAUUUUAUGAUCCAUGUCAUCUCCCAAAGAAUCCUGGAUGGCCUCUUCGCAACUUCUUAGCACUUAUUUCUGUGAGGUGGAAUCUCAACUCAAUUCAAUUUUUCUGCUACAGAGAGAACCGUGGUUUUGCAGAUAUGAAGUUGUCUCUUGUUGGUGAAGCAUUGAUAACGGUUCCACAAGGGUGGAAAGACACAGUGCCCAGUGCAGUUGGAUGGGAACUUAAUAAGGGGAGAAAAGCUUCUAGGUGUAUAAGCCUUGCACAGUCCAUGGAUCCAACCAGAUUGGCCAUAUCUGCUGCAGAUUUGAAUUUAAAGCUUAUGAGGUGGCGUGCUUUGCCAUCUCUUGACUUGAAUGCCUUAUCUUCCAUGAAGUGUCUUCUCCUUGGAGCUGGCACACUUGGAUGCCAGGUCGCACGCAUGCUUAUGGCAUGGGGUGUUCGAAAAAUUACUCUAGUUGACAAUGGUAGGGUGGCUAUGUCUAACCCAUUGAGGCAGUCUCUUUAUACUUUGGAUAACUGUCUUAAUGGUGGUGAAUUUAAAGCUACUGCAGCAGUUGAAAGUCUCAAACGGAUAUUUCCAGCAGUGGAAGCAGAAGGUAUUGUUAUGGCUAUACCAAUGCCUGGACAUCCCAUACAAAGCCAGGAACACGAUAGUGUGCUUGAUGAUUGUAAAAGGUUGCGUGAUUUAAUUGAGGCUCACGAUUCAGUUUUUUUGUUAACCGAUACAAGGGAAAGUCGAUGGCUGCCAACACUUCUCUGUGCCAAUACUAACAAGAUUACCAUUACUGCUGCACUAGGGUUUGACAGUUUCUUGGUUAUGCGCCAUGGAGCUGGUCCUUUAAGUCAGGCCCACAAGUUGAAUGCUGAAAUUAUUAAUUCUUCAUCGGUUGAUAUGCCAGUAAAUGAUGCAAAUGGAAAGCAUAGAUUGGGCUGUUAUUUCUGCAGUGAUGUUGUUGCACCUACCGAUUCAACAUCCAACCGUACAUUGGACCAACAAUGUACAGUGACCCGACCAGGGCUGGCUCCUAUUGCUUCAGCCCUUGCAGUUGAACUUCUAAUCGGGAUUUUGCAUCAUCCUCAAGGGAUAUUUGCAGUAGGUGACAUUAAUAACAGUGUCGAUCGAGCUACUGAGCAACCUCUUGGUAUUUUACCUCAUCAGAUUCGCGGCUCCCUUUCUCAAUUUUCUCAAAUGACCCUUAUAGGUUACUCCUCCGCCAGCUGCACUGCCUGUAGUCAUACAGUUGUGUCAGAAUAUCGAAACCAAGGAAUGGAGUUCAUAUUUCAAGCAAUUAAUCAUCCUACUUACCUAGAGGAUCUCACUGGGCUGACAGAGUUGAUGAAAUCAGCCACCACCUUGGAUUGGGACACGGAGAUAGACGAGGAGGAUGAAGACUGCGUUGAAAUUUAACGAUCAGUCAGUUGUACAUAAAUUAAUUAGUGCAAUUUAUAUGAUUUUUUUAGCUAUGGUUUAGUACCAUACUGGCAUAACUUAUCAAAUGUACAAAACUGAAUUCAUGUAAUAACUGUAUAUUCAUUCAUGUGAACAAUUCAAGUUUAUUAUGAAUUUACCA